AUAUUACACGUCCUGUCAAACGUAUUACACCCGCUCUAAACCGGUGUAUUUCUUCAAUUUCUAAGUUGCCACGUUUGAUUAUAUUAAAAAUGGAUGCUUUUGAUUCAUUAUCCAGAUACGCAUCCCCGGUAAAUCCGGCGAUAUUCCCUCAUUUAACACUUGUUCUUCUUGGUAUUGGGAUAUUUUUCACAGCCUGGUUCUUUGUUUAUGAAGUAACAAGUACAAAAGCUUCCAGGGAUAUUAAAAAGGAACUUCUUCUUUCGUUAGUUGCAUCAAUUUUCUCUGGUUUUGGAAUUUUAUUCUUAUUGUUAAGUGUAGGCAUUUAUGUAUAAUAAAAUUUAUUAAAAAAGAUUUUGUAUGUAAGUAUAUAUAUUUCUAUAAUCUCUCAUCAUUCAAUUUUUGUGCAUUUAAUACAAUUUGAAUAAUAUGGUUUUGUUAAAAAAAUAAAUAAGAUAUUUACAGAUUGA